GGGUCCACCUUAAGAGAGCGGGCCGGACCUUGGUCCCGGGACCGUGACCGCCCCCGGUGUCCGCCGCAGCUUCAGCGAUGAGCGGUCGUUAUCACAAGGCGGCCCGGGACGGGUACCUGGCUCCGCUGAAGGAAGCCACCAGGAAGGACCUCAACAGCUCGGACGAGGAUGGGAUGACCCCGACCCUGUGGGCAGCCUACCAUGGCCACCUGGAGGCUCUGCAGCUCAUCUGUAGUCGAGGAGGUGAUCCUGACGUGUGCGAUAUCUGGGGGAACACACCCCUGCACCACGCCUCCACCAACGGCCACCUCCACAUCGUCAUCUUCCUGGUCAACUUCGGUGCCAACAUCUGGGCACUGGACAACAGCUGGCACUCACCACUGGACGCGGCGGCCGGCAAGGGCCGCAUGGAGUGCGUCCGCUUCCUGGACGCGGCGGCCUCCAAGCAGACGGCGGCCAACCCCAAGCAGGUCGCCCGGCUGAAGGAGAAGGCAAGGAAGGACUGCGAGCGGCAGAUCCGAGAGAGCGAGAGGCGGCAGAAGAAGCAUCAGAGGCAGAUGAACAAGAAGUACGGAGAGGAGGGGCAGGGGCAGAGUGUCAGCUCCCGAAGCGUUGGCUCGCUGGGGUCCGGCACCCUCACCUCUUUGCUGAAGGGGUCCCUGCAGAAGAAGCUCUGGAAGAAGGAGGGCAGCCAGAGGGUCCAGCCGGAACAGCCGGGUGCAGACGGCGUCCUCGGGAACCAGGCCAGUGGCCACACCAGCGUGCUGGAAGUGUUUGCUGAGCCAAACGCAGCCUCUCCCGACUUGGCAUUCACCGAAACUGAGCAACGGGAAUCGCUUUUCAACCGGCCAGGGCUGGGCAACAUGCUAUUCCGGAGGAAUUUUGUCCCAUGCUUGGAGGAGGAGGAGGAGGAGCUGGAAGACAUGGGUCCCCUGGUGCCCGCGGAGUUCCUGGACUUUGAGGAGGGUGGUGAGGAGCCUGGCACCCUCGGUGAGGAGGAGUGUGAGGACUUGCCCUGGGAGGAGCAGGAGCUGGGGCUGGAUGACGAGGAGCCGGAGACGAGCCCCCUCGAGGUGUUCCUUGCUGCCCAAAACCUAAGCGAGUUCCUGCCCUUCCUGGUCCGGGAGCAGAUGGACCUCGAGUCGCUCGUGCUCUGCUCCGAAGCUGAUCUGAAGAGUAUCCACCUGCCGCUCGGGCCACGGAAAAAGAUCCUCUCAGCGGUCGAGCGGAGGAAAUUAAUCUUGGAAACCGCCAGUGAGCUGGUGGACACAGUAUUGUAGUUUCCCCCUGGUUAGGAGAUGUCAGUCCUCCUGACUGUGGUCCUGUCUGCUGCUGUGAAUUCAGGCGUCUCUGUCUCCCACUGACUUCACCUUGGGCCGUUCUGUAGUACAAUUUUAAAUGGGGUGUGAGUGGUGGGUGCCUGGAAUGUGCUGCCUGGGGUGAUGGGAGACGCAGAUACAUUAGAGACUCUUAAACAAUCUUUAGACAGGCAUGUGAAUGUGAGGAAAAUGGAAGGAUAAAAGCAUAAAAAAUAAUAGACAAUAGGUGCAGAAGUAGACCAUUCGGCCCCUCAAGUCUGCACCGCCAUUCUGAGAUCAUGGCUGAUCAUUCACUAUCAAUACCCAGUCCCUGCCUUGUCCCCAUAUCCCUUGAUUCCCCUAUCCAUCAGAUAUCUAUCUAGCUCCUUCUUUUUUACUUACUAAUUUAAUGUGUUCAGCAUUAACAUUGAGGGCCAAAAUGCCUGUUCCUCUGUUGUACUGCCUACGUUUGAGUACAUUGUAGGAACAGGCCCUUCAGCCCAUCAUUUCUCUGUUGAGCACAAUGUCAAAUUAGACUGAAUCUUUUUUGCAUGUCCGUGAUCUGUGUCUGUCCUUUUGUCUAACAGCUUCCUGCACAUCACCAUCAUGGCUGCUUCUACCACCAGCCCUGGCACCCACCACUCUGUGUGUAAGAAAAAAAUAACACCCCCCAAAUCUCCUCUAAACUCCCCCCUCUCACCUUAGUGGUGUACAGUACAGAAACAGGCCCUUUGGCCCGUCCACCUCCAUGGCCAGCUACUCGAAUCCCAUUUCACUGCAUCAGCACAGAGUGCUCUAGAUUGUUUAAUGCCAUUUCCAGUACACAAGUAUAAAGAAGAAAGAAAGAAUUGUUACUCCAGAUCUGACACAGCACAAAAAAGAUAAAGAUCACAAUAAUUUAAAAAAAACCUGAAUACAAAAGAUAGCUUAUAUACAUUGAUUGUAUGUCCAUAAAGUGACGCUAGGUGUGGGAGGGUCUGUUCAUAAAGUGACUCUGACAGGAAACCAGGCCAUAAGAUAGAGGUGCUGAAUUAGGCCAUUUAGCCUAUCGAGUCUGCUCUGCAAUUUCAUCAUGGCUGAUCCUUUUCCCCCUCAGCCCCAAUCUCCUGCCUUCCCAUAUCCCUUCACGCCCUGAACAACCAAGAGUCUAUCAACCUCUGCCUGAAAUAUAUCCAAUGACUUGGCCUCCACCACCACCACCAGUUGCAACAAAUUCCAGAUCCACCACUUUCUGGUGAAAGAGAUUCUUCCUCAUCUCCAUUAUGAAUGGAUGUCCCUGUAUUCUGAGGCUGUGUGGUGGUGGUGGUGAGGGAUGUGGAGGGGAGGGUUAGGGGUGGAGGUGCUGAUCAGGUAUAACUAUACUUUGAUACUCCAGACCUGGGAGAAGGACUCUAACUAGAGGAAGGUUUACCAGGAUGCUGUCUGGAUCAGAGAGCACGUCCUAAUGAGGAGAGAUGAAGUGAGCUUGGGCUUUUCUCUUUGGAGUGAAGGAUGAGAGGUAACUUGAUAGAGGUGUACAUGAUGAUGAGGUAUAGAUCGAGACUUUUCCCAGGGUGGAAAUGGCUAAUACCAGAGGGCAUAUUUUUAAGAUAAUUGGAAGAAAGUAUAGGGAUAAUUUCUUUACGUGGAGAGUGGUGGGUGUGCAGAAUGUCCUGCCCGGGUGGUGGUAGAGGCCGAUACAUCUGGGGCAUUUAACAGACUUAUAGAUAGACACAUGGAUGAUAGUAAAAUGGAGGGUUAUAUGGGAGAGACUUGGAUUGAUCUUAGAGUAGGUUAGAAGCUUGGCACAAUGUUGCGGGCUGAAAGGCCUGUACUGUGCUGUAAUGUUCUGUUCUUUUUCAACUCUGCUGAAGCCUCACAUAAUCUUGCAAACCUCAAUCAGGUCACCCUUUGACCCCCUUCACUCCAGGGAAAUCUCUCCCCAUAACUAGUGUCCUCCAAUCCAGGCAAUGCCCUGGUGAAUCUCCUCUGCACUCCCUCCAACACAAUCACACCCUUCCUACAGGGUGGCAAUGAGAUUGCACACUGUACACCUCUGCUAAUGCUGCUUUUUCUUGGGAUGAGUAGUGCCCCUCUACUCCCCUGGGAAGGGGUCUCACCAGGACCACCAAUGUUCUCUGGAAGUGUCAAACAUUGUUAUAUAUCCUCUAACAUUUGGGAGGGUUCCUGCUCACGAUGUGACCAAGUUUGGAUAUAGGAAAGGAUUUUGAGGGAUAUUGGUGAAUCACAGGCAAAUAGGAUGAGCAGAGGCAGGUAUCUUGGUCAACACAAACGUGCUGCGCCAAAGAGCCUGUUUUCUCUCUGAAAAGUGGACUCAGGCACUAUAGACAGAAAUGGGAAAUUAUUGAAAGAUGGAAAGUCAUGACAUUAGCAGAAACUCGAGUCCACGUUCAGCCUCUCUGAUUAAUUAUCCCGGAACAAGAAUCAUUUCACAAAAUGGUGGCUGCAAAGACAGUCUCACAAAAUGGCCACCUCCAAACAAAAGACUUCUGCUUGGCCUGCUUCCACCACCCUCGCCUCAUUCCUGUUCACUGACUUGUAGGUUGUAAUUUCUUACUGGACAAAAGUCUGGAGACCGACAAUGUCUGAAGUGAGUGGCCGUGGUUACAACCUAUCUGUUAUCCCUUGGUGGAAUCCUUCUGAAGAUAGACCAUCAGGAGAGGACAGUCAGUGUGGGAGCUUCACCUGCAGAGUGUCUGCUCCUCAAAAUGGAAGGGGCUCUGUUCAUCUCCUCCAACACCACCCUGAAACAGAAAGGAAUUGACAAAGGAAACCUGAACGUUUAACAUUCCUACAUUGAUGAAUCUUUGUGUGUUUCUGCUUUUCCCCUGAUGUGUGACUGUGUCAAUAUCUGCUGUGUCAAUAUUACCUUGAGUUUAUCAACCGGUGCCAAUUGACCUGUGAUUAUCAGUCUUCAGCUAGUGGUGAUUCUGUCUCCUUUAUGAUGUUCUUUGGCCAAUCACAAUGUUAUUUAAAAUAAAUAUUUAACUGCCUAGAAUUGUCUCCCCUUUCAUUGAACAUGGUCUGAUGUGAAAUUGUACAUUACUCAUGUUAAAUGUAGUGUUCAAAUUAAGUUUAUUAUCAAAGUACACACGUCGCCAUGUACAACCCUGAGAUGUAUUUUCUUGUGGGCAUUCACAAUAAAUACAAAGAAACACAAUAGAAUCAGUGAAAAACCGCACACGGACAGAGACGGACAAACAACCUAUGUACAAAAGACAACAAUGAGCAAGUACAUUGUUUUCCUAGGGGAUUGUCUACUGGUGGGUCCUUGGGUGGCUGUAGAGGCCAAUCAGGCGUCAACGUAGCAUACCCAGGACUCACUUACACUAACCAUAUGUCUUUGGAAUGCAGGAGGUCAGGGGGAGAGUGCACAAACUCCUUAUAGAUGGCAACAGGAAUCAAACUCCCGUUAUACAGCUCGCGCUGUAAUGCUUUGUGCUAACCAUGACACUAUCAUGCCACCAUAAUAUGACUUGUACUGAACAAAGAUACAUUCAGCAGAUUGGUCUGACCUUUUGUACAAUUUAAAAGAAUGAGAUAUGAUCUCCUUUAAAUGUACAAAAUUCUUCAGGAGCUCAACAAUAUACGUUGGGAAUUGAUGCUUCCUCGUCUGCGGUCAGUUUCAAAAUCAGGAGUCGGCUAUCUAAGAGAGAUUAGGAGAAAUGUCUUUAUUCAGAAGGUACUGUAACAAAAAUAUUGACACCACCUCAGCAUUCCUUCGGACUAUGUCGGUCGUUGACACAAAAAGAUGCUUUUCACUGUACAUUUUUAUAUUUCAAUGUACAUG